UCGACAGCACUGAGCCGGGGCGGCCACGGGGAGGGACAGUCGCGGGGAGGGGUGCCGCAGCGGCUGGGGGGCUGCGGGCGCCAGGUCCCGCUAGUAUUGCACACGAAGCUGAACAGAGAACAGCCUAGCAAAGCAGGGCUCUGCGUGAGCCACCCUUUGUCUGGGUUGGGGGCCCGUGGCGGGGAGGACCCGGGAUUCGAGGGGAGGGACCGGGACGGGACGGAAGGGCCCGGAGCAGCGGCCGCCGCGGCGGAGCCAAUUUAAGAGCGGGGGUCCAGCUGAGCCCAAGAGCUGCACGGAAUGGUGGCAGUCACCUUGCCAGUGCAGCGGGAAUGGACCAGACUGCAAGCUAGGAGAGCAAGGCAUCAGUCAGGAAGAGGGAACACACGGCUAGGCUUAAGGCCUCUUCAUCGGGGUGAGUGCUGGGGAAAGGGAGGGGAAGCAGGUCCAGUGAGAACCCUGAGCUAAACAUGCCAUCCUCUCAGAAGUUCUGGGAUUGUCCUCUAUACUCCAUUAAUCCAUCUGGGGAUUUGGACACCUUCACCCCAAGGAAACCCACAAGGUCACCUCUUCAGGCCAGAGGAGGAUCUGCAACUCAGGUGGAAGGGAGAAGACCCAAUGAUUCUUCUGAUCACCUUUUCUUCUCUUCUCUUGUACAGAUGUCCCCAGGCCCCCCAGCCCAGGCCCAGCAUAAAGGCUGUGUGGGGGGGCCCCCCUGACCCAAGGGGGGGCUUCAUGCGCCACGUGCAGGCGGAGCCGUCUUCAUCCUCAGAACCAGAGGCUGGCCCUUCGCAGCCUGCAGUCAGGCAGGGGGCCCUCCAGGGUGGCCUGCUCAUGGGCUACAGCCCAGCAGGGGGGGCAACAUCCCCCGGGGUCUACCAGGUAUCCAUCUUUUCCCCUCCAGCUGGUGCCUCUGAGCCUCACAGGGCCCUGAAACGGCCGGCCCCACCCACUGAGGUUACCAGGGAGCUGAAGAGAGGCCCUGGGCUGGGGGCCAGAGAGGGACUACCCCCUGAAGAACCAUCUACUGUGGGGCUACUAGGCCCAGAGGGACUGGGGCUGGGACUGGGUCUGGCCAGCCAGCAUUUCUGUCACCAUGGCCUCUGUGUUGUGGAACAGGGAGGUAGCUCCACCUCACCUUGGACUUCAGGGGCCCAGAGUCCCCCUUGUCCCCCAUCAAAUGCUUCCUGCAAUAGUUUGCACACCAGAGACUGGGCUUCCCCAGAUCCAGGGGCACAGGGGUCCCUGGGGGAGUCCCCAGGGCCAGCCCCUCUGGGCCAGCUGCACACAUUUGACACUGAUUUGCACAGUCUUGCACAAAUAGGGGGUAAGAGCCCAGUGGCUGGGGUGGGCAACGGGGGUAGCCCUUGGCCUAGGGAGUCCCCUAGCACUGCCAAUGGGCACAGUCCCGAGCACACACCCCCUGGCCCUGGACCUCCAGGCCCCUGCCCCACCAAGCGAAGGUUGCUUCCUGCUGGAGAAGCCCUGGAUGUCAGCUCUGAGGAUGAGGGGCCAGCCCCUCGGAGGCGCCGGGGAACCCUGGGCCACCCUCCUGCUGCCAACAGUUCUGAUGCCAAAGCCACACCCUUCUGGAGCCAUCUGCUGCCUGGGCCCAAGGAGCCUGUGCUGGACCCAACAGACUGCAGUCCCAUGGGGCGGAGGCUGAAAGGUGCCCGUCGCCUGAAGCUGACCUCCCUUCGAAGCCUCCGGAAGGGGCCAGGCCUGCUGAGCCCCCCCAGUGCCUCCCCUGUUCCUACCCCUGCUGUCAGCCGUACCCUGCUUGGCAACUUUGAGGAAUCAUUGCUGCGAGGACGCUUUGCACCAUCUGGCCACAUUGAGGGCUUCACGGCAGAGAUUGGAGCUAGUGGAUCCUACUGCCCCCAGCAUGUCACCCUGCCUGUCACUGUCACCUUCUUUGAUGUUUCUGAGCAAAAUGCCCCGGCUCCCUUCCUGGGUGUCGUGGACCUGAAUCCCCUGGGGAGGAAGGGUUACAGCGUGCCCAAGAUGGGCACCAUCCAAGUGACCUUAUUUAACCCCAACCAGACUGUGGUGAAGAUGUUCCUUGUGACCUUUGACUUCUCGGACAUGCCUGCUGCCCACAUGACCUUCCUGCGCCAUCGCCUCUUUUUGGUGCCUGUGGGUGAGGAGGGAAAUGCUAGCCCCACCUGCCGCCUCCUCUGCUACUUGCUGCACCUCAGGUUCCGGAGCUCCCGCUCAGGCCGCUUAAGCCUGCAUGGAGACAUCCGCCUGCUUUUUUCCCGCCGGAGCCUGGAACUGGACACAGGGCUCCCCUACGAACUGCAGGCAGUGACUGAGUCCCCUCACAAUCCACGUUAUUCACCUUUGCCCUGAUUGCCAGUGCCCUGAACCCAUGUGGGCCAAGUACCUAUCCAUCCUGCUCCAUCCUGGACAGAGCAAAUACGUGGAAAGGUGGCAAAAGACCCUUUAGGCUUGAAUUAAAGCCCUCACCAUGCUCAUGCCCAAAUUGAUUAUUUGGGUGUUUAAAGCCUCUGAUCCUUACCACACUCUGCUCUACUCUGGGUACUCCAUGUGCCUCCCACUCCCUUGGAUUUCCCAGGCCAACUUAGGUAGUGGGGAGACAAGGAGCUACCCUGAGGUUGUCUAAAGUUCCCAGGCAAGUCAUGCCAGCGUUGCCUCCCUGUCCUGGGCAGGGCCACUUAUUAUUUUAUUUAUUUUUAAUUUAUAAUUUAUUCAAAUUGGAUUGCCUUGGUAACCUCCCAAACCAGAUAAUUGGCAUUGCCCCUCAUCCUUUCCCACUCUCAGAUAUUGCUCCAAGCUCAGGAGUUGAAGAAGCUGAUGUGGGGGUUGGGGGAGAACUGUUCUUUCUCAGCUGAGGGCAGAGAGGUUAUCCCAGAAGGACUGAGUCCCUAGCCAAAGACUCAGCUUCCCCUGUCCUUCCCUAUACCUUCCCUAUACCUUUCACUUCCCCUACCCUCUGACCCCUCUCUGAAAGCCAACUUGUGUGUGUGUGUGUGUGUGUGUGUGUGUGUGUCCACAUGUCUGCGCACACAUGCACACACAUACAAGCUUUUAUUUAUGUGGUGUGUGUGAGAAAGAGAGCUUGCAUGCAUGCACACACACAGAGGUUAACCAUGCCUGAUCUAAGACUCCAGACUCCAGUUGACCCUCUCCUCCUGCCUGUGUCUCCUUGCUUUGGGGUCCUGACUGAGGAAGGUGUUCUGGGGGCAGAGUCAGGGCCAAGGACUGGGGUGCCUCCUCUCACCUGGCCAGACUCUGACCCACCUACCUCAGCUGGGAUGAGGGGCACACCUCAAACUCAGUCAUGUGAUUUCCCAACUACCCCAUUCCCCACACCAGACUCUGACCCAGCCUUAGUCCUGACUCCUGGGGCUGGCUGAGGGGAACAAGCAAUUGCUUGAAACUUGAACAAAA